AUGGCAGCCUCUCCAUUCCUGCUACGCAUCUUAUCCAAGCCCACAGACGGCGACGUGGAUUCCUGGACCAAAUGGUACACCUCAGAGGGCCUGCCUGCGUUACUGUCCAAGAUUCCAGCUUCGCGGGCCACCUUCUACCAUGCGUACAAUGACUUUGAGCUGUCGACCAAGACGCCGCUGGAGGUGGCAGAAACCAAGCUGCACACCGUGCAGUUAUCGCACACCGAUCUGGAGCCCCCAAACGACAAGACAUGUCUGACAAUGUGCCAACUCGACUCGAUAGGCUCGGCAGAGGACAUCUUCCGUCUCAGCGAUCCGACGGGAGACGCAAAGCACGGGACAGUCUCGGAUAUCAGGGUGUACAAGCUGAUUGAAGAUUUCGAUCCCAAAGGAGGUGGUCGCCUGCGUCCACCAUUUAUUCUGAAUGUGCAGGUCGACCCAGUCGAUGCCGAUGAUUACAACUCUUUCUACCAUGAGGAGCACCUGGGUAUGCUCAACAGAGUGCCCGGGUACCGGCGGUCGCAGCGGUACGAAUUAGUCAAAGGGCAUGGCGCGGCAUCUGCAAAUGCACCCAGAUUCAUGGCGGUGCAUGAAUGGGAUCAUGUUGAUGCUCUCGAUGGGCCAGAGCUGCGCGAGGCUGAUGCCAGCCCCAACACCCACCGAGUGUUUGGGAACGCUAAACGGGUCAACAUCCGGGGAUUCAAGAGCGUGAAAGGCUUUGGAGAUGUGCAGAAUUGA